AUGGCUUGUCCCCAUCUCGACUCGAUUGGGCUGUCACCUCCUAAUCCCACUCAGUCCGUCUACCGCGAAGACUGCACUCAAUGUUUUGACUCGAUUGACGAUCCUGAUGGUCUUGACGUUUGCCUCCAGUGCUUCAAUGGAGGUUGCGCUGGCGACCGAAACCAUGACCGACUUCACUAUGCGCUGACGCAGCAUCCUCUCGCUCUCAACAUCCGUCGAUCGAGAAAGGUUAUCGAACGAGACGAACCCCCCACCAAGAUGUCCAAACUGGCUAUCGCUGCAGAGACGGAAGAGGAUCGAUAUGAUACAGCACUGGCAGUCAAGUGCCUCGAUUGUAACACUGAGCUCGACCGUACACACCCUAAGCUUGCACCCAUGAUCGAUGGCAUUCUCAAGGCCAACACAUUCUCUCGUAAGGAGGAGGUUAAGGCUUGGGAACAGGAGCUGACGAGCUGCGAGCACAUCCUUAUGCUUCAGCAAGCUCCUGCCAAGAAAAUCGAACAAAACGAUUUGAGCCACUGUUACGCUUGCGAUCUGCCUGAGAAUCUUUGGCUGUGCAUCGAGUGUGGCAAUCUGGGAUGUGGUCGCAAGCAGAUGGGAGGCGUCGACGGAAAUUCGCAUGCUCUUGCUCACGCCAAUGAGUCCGGCCAUGGUGUCGCCGUUAAACUUGGAUCGAUCACGCCUGAGGGGACCGCUGAUGUCUACUGCUACAAGUGUGAUGAUGAGAGAAUUGACGACAACCUGGGCGAGCACUUAAACCACUGGGGUAUUGUGCUAGCGGAGCGCCAAAAGACCGAGAAGAGUUUGACCGAAAUGCAAAUCGAACAGAAUCUUAAGUGGGACUUUAGCAUGACGACCGAAGAUGGGAAGGAGCUGAAGCCCUUGUUCGGCCCUGGUCUCACUGGUUUGAAGAACCUUGGAAACAGUUGCUACCUCGCCAGCAUAAUUCAAUGUUUGUUCGACAUGCCUUCGUUCCAGGAGAGGUAUUUCCGACCCGGCGACGACCUUCCUAUUGUUCAGGAACCCGCUGCCGAUCUUGAGACACAGCUACGAAAGACAGCAGAUGGACUUCUUUCUGGACGGUACUCGAAGCCCGACGCAGAUGUCUCUGGAGAGGGCAUUACGCACCAGAAGGGUCUUGCACCAGCUAUGCUCAAGCACCUAAUUGGCCGAGGGCACGAAGAGUUCUCUACGAUGCGACAACAGGACGCCCUCGAGUUGCUUCAGCAUCUGUUCAAACUGAUCACCCGAUCCCCACACCCCGAAGGCAAGGACCCUACGGAGCCGUUCCGUUUCGUCCUCGAGCAAAGACUCCAGUGUCUGGGCUGCCAAAAGGUGAGGUACAGCAGUAACGAACAGGAUAACAUCUUCAUCGAUGUCCCCCUGGAAAAGCUUCCCCGUAAGGAGGGGUCAGAUGGCCCAGAUGCUUACAAGCCCGUGUCACUUAAGCAGUGCCUCGACAAUUUUACAGCGGCGGAGAAGGUAGAGCUGACGUGUUCUGCUUGUGGUAGCAAGGACGGCUUCACCAAGCGCUCACUGUUCAAGACGUUCCCCGACACCCUGGUAGUCAACGCGCGCAAGAUGACGGUUGUCAACUGGGUUCCUAUCAAGGUGGAUGUCCCUGUUCUUGUGCCGGAUGACGCCUUCGAUCUGGAUGUAUAUCUCUCCAAAGGACUGCAAUCCGGGGAGGAACAACUUCCAGAUGAGCCCGAGACAAAAGCACCCGCUUUUGAACCUGAUGCCAGCGCCCUCGCUCAAUUAGAGGCAAUGGGCUUCCCCCGCAACCGUUGCGAGCGGGCACUCCAUGCCACUGGUAACUCCGACGCCAACACCGCGAUGGAAUGGCUAUUUGGACACAUGGAGGAUCCUGAUAUCGAUGCGCCUCUUGAUCUAGGUGGCCAAACUGGUGGAGGGAACACAGCUGACCCCGAGAAGAUCGAGAUGCUGGGUGCUAUGGGUUUCGGUGCCCCUCAAGCCAAGAAGGCUUUGAAAGAGACCAACGGCGAUGUUGAGCGGGCUGUCGAGUGGCUCUUUAGUCAUCCUGAUGAUCAAGGAACGUUCGAUGAUGAUGCUCCUGCUGAAGCAACCGCAUCCACUGCCAAGGGACCAGCUGGAAGCGCCGAUCUGCCAGCGACCUUUCAGCUAAGAUCAAUCGUGUGCCACAAGGGCACAAGUAUCCAUGCAGGACAUUAUGUUGCUUUUAUCCGCAAGGCUUUGGGAGAUGGUAAUGCCUCGACUUGGGUUUUGUUCAACGACGAGAAGGUUGUGGAGGCACAUGAUGUUGAUGAGAUGCGCAAGUUUGCGUACGUGUACUUUUUCAAGCGCGCCUGA